AUGUGAGAAGGUAUCAUUCAUAUUUGCGACGUGUACUUGUUAUAAAUAAUUUUGGUCGUGAUAAAAUACAAGAGAUGCAUUCAAAGCAUAUAUGUUAUCUUCUUAUUUUUAGUCACAAGUCAUAACAUAAAUCAAUACUGGUAAUUGAAAGACAAGAGUCAGUGGGUUGUUAUUAAAAGAACUAUUUUUAAACCAAAACCCAAAAUUUUCAUUAAUAAAUUUUCGAAAAUAUUGAGAUCAAUGAGACUAUAGAGUGUAAAAACAACGAUCUUGGUAAAAUGUGUAACCAAUAUCACUUAUACUGCUUUAUUUAAUCACAGAAUUGCAGCAAAGUGUAAUUCUGAGUAAACAGUGAUCUAGGGAGGAGAGAUCACAAAAAUAUACUAAACAAACACAACCAUAUUAUCAAAUUUCCAUUUGAGGAUCGACCAAGCUUUUAAUGAUGACAAGGCUGUACUUGGAGUUAUUAAUUAUUUUCAUCAGCAUCGAUUGUUUGACAAUCGCAAAACUCUACGUAAAUAUUACCGGUGAUAUUACUUUAGGAGCACUCUUCCCAAUUCAUCGGAAAGGAAUGAAUGGAGAUUAUUGCGGAAAAAUUCAGUUAGAGGACGGCAUUCAACCUCUAGAGGCCAUGCUUUAUACGGUUCAACAAAUAAAUCAGAAUCCAAGGCUUCUUCCGGGAAUACGACUGGGAGUUCUCGCUUUCGACUCUUGUGACAAUCCGACUCAUGCACUCCAGCAAGCACUAAAUUUUGUAAAAGGUUUUAUUGCCCACAUCAAUGAGUAUCAUGAGCAAGAAUUCCAGUGUUCAGACGGAAGUGUUCCACGAUUUGAAGGAGAAGGAUUUGAUAAAGUUGUUACCGUAUUAGCAGAACAAUCUAGUUCUGUAACAUUGCAGGUUGCUUCAAUGCUAAGGUUAUUUGGCGUUCCUCAAAUAUCCUACAUGGCAACUUCUCCAUCCCUCAGUAACAAGGAGAAAUAUCCCCAUUUUUUUCGAACUGUUUCAAGUGACGUAAAUCAAGCGCAUGCAAUGUUAGAAAUUCUCAAGAGGUUCGAGUGGACUUAUGUGUCAGUAGUAUACUCAGACACCGAAUACGGUAAUCAAGGAUACGAAACUCUAGUUUCGUUAGCCACCAACUACUCAAUCUGUUUUAGUGCUCCACAGAAAAUAGACAAGGAACGUUUUGUGGCUGAAGAUUACAACAAGAUUAUUCAAACAAUCACAAAGGAAACGGAAGUUCGUGUGGUUGUACUCUUUGCUGAGAAACUUGCGACACUUCAAGUUCUUGAAGCAGCAAAACGUCUUGGAGUUGAAACAAGAUUUGUCUGGAUAGGGAGUGACGCUUGGUCGAGUACUAAUCACCAUGAAUUUUUUAAUCCUGGUAACCAUUACAAAGAUCCAGAUACGAUGAUUGUUCUCGAAGGUGCACUUGCAGUUCAACCUCUUUCAAGACAUUUGACAGGUUUCGAUGAUUACUUCACUAAUCUAACGUACAAGCAUUCAGAAAUAAAUCCGUGGUUCCAGGAAUUAUGGCAGGAAUAUCAUAAAUGUGAUAAAAAUCAAAAGGAGGAAACUUGUGAAGAUCCUUCGAUGAAAAUUAAUUUCCGAAUGGGAUACAAACAACAAAAAUUUCUCCAUUUUGUACGAGAUGCGGUUUAUGCGGUUGCAAAUACUCUUCACAAUCUACAGGUUGAAGUAUGCGGGAAGAAUUUCGUUGGCAUUUGUAAGAGAAUGAGGCAUAUCGAUGGUGAGAUACUCUUAAAGUAUUUGAAUACUGUCACGUUCAAAGAUGAAGCAGGUAAUCUAUUUAGAUUUGUUAACAAUGUUGAUGGUCCUCCGCGUUAUUCAAUUUUGAACUUUCAACGAGAUGAAAAUGGAUCGUAUCAGUGGCACGUAGUGGGAAACUACACACAAAAUAAUCAAAAGAAUCCUGUCUUGUACAUAGAUCGGGCAAGAAUGAAAUAUCGUAGUGAAAAUAAAUCAAACCCGAAAUUUUUCCCCAACUCAACUUGUGCUCAACUCUGUCAGCCAAAUCAAAUUAAAAUUGAAGAAAAGCAAGAUGCUUGUUGUUGGAGAUGUCGAAAUUGUGGAUUGUAUCAGUAUAAAGUAAAUGAACACAGAUGUGAAGAUUGCGAAAGUGGCACAAAACCAUCGUCUGAUGGAAAGUACUGCAUCCACAUUGAAGAAGAGUUUAUUGACUACACAAGCCCGUGGGCUAUUGGCGCAAUGGCAGUAGCGAGCUGUGGAAUCCUAGCAACUAUUUUCGUGCUCUCUGUCUUCUGGAUUUAUGGUGACACUCCAGUGAUCAAAGCGUCUGGCCGAGAAUUAUCAUCCAUUUUACUCCUCGGAACUUUAGUAUCGUUUUUAAUGACAUUUGCUAUCGUAGCAGAGCCAACCAUUAAGACAUGUGCAAUAACUCGUUUUGGCAUAGGACUGUGUUAUACUUUAUGCUAUUCUGCCUUAGUUACUAAAACUAACAGAAUUCAUAGAAUAUUUAACACCAAGUGCUACAGUCCUCAUAAACCAAAAUAUACGAGCCCUCAAUCUCAGAUAAUCAUAAUUGGAAUUCUUACUUUGGUAGAAGUUUUAAUCAAUGGUAUUUGGUUACUAAAAGUACCAGCUUCUAUUGCUCAUCUGUACCCUUCAAGAGAUUUACGAUUGAAAAUUUGCCACGGUUUAGAUGAUAGAUCCUACAUGAUAGGAUUAAUUUAUCCAUUCAUUCUAAUAGCAAUAUGCACGAUUUAUGCAAUAAAAACAAGAAAGUGUCCAGAAGGGUUUAAUGAAACUCGUCACAUAGCUUUUACAAAUUAUACGACGAUGGUUUUGUGGCUGGCGUUUGUGCCUCUGUACUUAACAUUUACAAGUAAUGCUAUUAGAGUUGUCACUCUUGCUUUAUCAUUAUCAUUAAGUGGACUAGUUCAACUGGGAUGCCUGUUCUUUCCCAAGAUAUACAUAGUUUUAAUGAAACCAGAAAAAAAUACCAAAGAGUCGGUAAUGACACAACAUAGAAGCUCAUGUUUACCAACAUCAGCAGUGCCAAUGCUUGUUCUUAAUGGUGAAGCUAUUAAAUCAAAUGCUUAUUCAAAUGGAUCAUUACAAAGAUCAUCAAAAUCUAAUUAUACUUAUACAAAUCAUUGUAAAUCACAAUUUUUGCUAAAAGAUGAAAACAUGGAACUAGAAAAUACUCUAAUAAAGAACAAUGAAAAAUUAGAAACAAACCCAACCUAAAGCUUCCAGAAUAAAAAGACCUUAAUAUACUUUUUAUUCAAAUUAUAGAAGAGAAAUCAAUUGUUACAUGAAUUUUCAUUCAUAUAAAUACUAGCAAUAUCCAAUAACCAUAGUGAGUUUACAAGGAAUUUCCAAUGUAUUUCAUAGUAUAGAUAAUAUUUAAUUACAUGGAAAAAUUUACUAAACUUGUAAAAUAUG